AUGACAUGGCAGUCUUGCACCGCCAAGGGUAGCUGCACAACCAAGAACGGUAAAAUUGUCAUCGACGCCAAUUGGCGAUGGCUUCAUGUCAAAGGAGGCUAUGACAACUGUUACACAGGUAACGAGUGGAACGCAACUGCCUGCCCAGACAAUAAGGCAUGUGCGGCCAACUGUGCCGUUGACGGCGCAGACUACAGUGGCACAUACGGCAUCACCGCGGGCAGUAACUCCCUGAAGUUGAAGUUCAUCACGAAGGGUUCCUACUCCACAAACAUCGGUUCUCGGACGUACCUCAUGAAGGAUGAUACGACUUACGAGAUGUUUAAGUUUACCGGCAACCAAGAGUUCACGUUCGAUGUGGACGUGUCGAACCUGCCAUGCGGGUUCAAUGGCGCUUUGUACUUUGUUUCAAUGGAUGCAGAUGGCGGAUUGAAGAAAUUCUCGACGAACAAGGCUGGCGCCAAAUACGGCACAGGGUACUGCGACGCCCAGUGCCCACGGGAUUUGAAGUUCAUCAACGGCGAGGGAAAUGUCGAAGGUUGGCAGCCAUCCUCCAACGAUGCGAAUGCAGGGGUUGGGGGCCAUGGUUCGUGCUGCGCAGAGAUGGACAUCUGGGAAGCGAACGCUGUCAGCACAGCCGUCACCCCACACUCGUGCUCCACAAUCGAGCAGUCUCGUUGUGACGGCGACGGUUGCGGAGGUACCUAUUCGGCCGACCGUUAUGCCGGGGUUUGCGAUCCUGACGGCUGUGACUUCAACAGCUACCGCAUGGGUGUCAAAGACUUCUAUGGCAAGGGCAAGACGGUAGACACUUCAAAGAAGUUCACCGUGGUCACACAAUUUGUCGGUACCGGGGACGCUAUGGAGAUCAAGCGUUUCUAUGUCCAGAACGGCAAGACUAUUGCGCAGCCUGCAUCUACUAUUCCUGGCGUAGACGGGAACUCCAUCACAACAAAGUUUUGCGACGAACAGAAAGCUGCGUUCCACGAUACAUACACGUUCAAAGACAAGGGCGGUAUGGCGAACAUGGCAAAGGCUCUCGCAAACGGCAUGGUCCUCGUCAUGAGCCUGUGGGAUGACCAUUACAGCAACAUGCUUUGGCUUGACUCUACGUAUCCCACAGACAAGAAUCCAGACACGGAUCUAGGUACCGGCAGGGGAGAAUGCGAGACGACGAGCGGUGUGCCGGCAGACAUUGAGAGCCAACAUGCUGAUGCCACUGUUGUCUACAGCAACAUCAAGUUCGGGCCACUGAACUCGACCUUCGGUUGA